CGAGGCACGUGUGCAGUCCCGGAAGCUGCUCGUGGAGGCUGUCCAGCGCGAGCCACCGGAGGAACAGCUGCCCGGUCCGCUCGGGUCGGGUCCGGCUGAGCCAUGGAGACGUCGCCUCAGCCCGCGCCCGGGCCCGGGUCCCGCUGCCUUCUGCUCGUCUACCUGCUGCUGUUGCUGCUGCUGCUGACCCCCGAUCUGGGCCCGAGCCAGGCCGGAGCCGAGGAGACCGAUUGGGUUCGAUUGCCCAGCAAAUGCGAAGUGUGUAAAUAUGUUGCCGUGGAGCUGAAGUCAGCUUUUGAGGAGACUGGCAAGACCAAAGAGGUGAUUGACACAGGCUACGGCAUCCUGGAUCGGAAGGCCUCCGGAGUGAAAUACACCAAAUCGGACUUACGGUUAAUUGAAGUCACCGAGACCAUUUGCAAGAGGCUCCUGGACUAUAGCCUGCACAAGGAGAGGACCGGAAGCAACCGGUUUGCCAAGGGCCUGCCACUUGGAAGAACAGUUGCUGCCCACAUUUUCCACCUAAGUACCCUUCUGGCAAAGGAGAUUGGUCAUAAACCCUUGGGAGACCUAAGGGGCAUGUCAGAGACUUUUGAGACUCUACACAACCUGGUGCAUAAAGGGGUCAAGGUGGUGAUGGACAUCCCCUACGAGCUGUGGAACGAGACCUCCGCAGAGGUGGCUGACCUCAAGAAGCAGUGCGACGUGCUGGUGGAAGAGUUUGAGGAGGUGAUCGAGGACUGGUACAGAAACCACCAGGAGGAGGAUCUGACUGAAUUCCUCUGCGCCAACCACGUGCUGAAGGGCAAGGACACCAGUUGCCUGGCAGAGCAGUGGUCUGGCAAGAAGGGGGACACGGCCGCCCUGGGAGGGAAGAAGGCCAAGAAGAAGGGCAGCAGGGCCAAGGCAGCAGGCAGCAGCAAACAGAGGAAGGAGCUGGGUGGCCUCGAGGGAGACCCCGGCCCUGAGGAGGAUGAGGGCAUUCAGAAGGCAUCCCCCCUCACACACAGCCCCCCUGACGAGCUUUGAACCCAACCCAGCAUCCCUGCAUCAAGGGUGUAGCCAGAGACCCCUGACCUAGAAAGUAACGAGUCUGGGGCAUGGCUCCGGCAGGCAAAGAUGGUUUUCCCAGCUCUAGGGUCCUCUCUGCCUUGGCUCAAGGAAGGACACAAGCCCCAGGAAGAACUCAGAGCAACAGUGGUCAGCCUGCGCUGGCCUUCUCCCUCUGCCGAGCGCGUCUCUCCUGACACAGGCUUGAGGCAGGCCGUGCUGUUUCAGGACUUCUGAGGACUCCAGUGUGAACUCUGGAGGGGCAGCUGUCAGAGCUGGGCACUAGGACUAGAGCCUCUCUGGAACCCUCCAGGAGGGCGUGCCCAGCCUUCGCCUCCCCUCACUCCUCCUCCAAUAGGGAAGCAAGACUGCAGCACCCCACGGCUCCUCCUGUCUGCCCACCCCCCCUGCAGACACCUUGCACCCUGUCUGGCCCUCAUCCCCCAGGCCCAUGGUGCAGUGUGCAGAGUAAAAACCUUUUGGCCUUUUUUGUUCCAAUUUCCAAAUCCUCCUUAGCCCUUCAGAGAGGCCCUGAGCCCAGUGUUGCUUUUUCCUGCCCUUCACCUUCUCCUAGUCUUAAGGCCUGAGGAUGGGGGAGCCUGCUCCCAUCCCACCGUCAAGGCUGAACCUACCAACUGUUGGCAAGUGCAGGGUGGGCCCAGGGUUGUCUUGGGGUGAGGGAGGUAGGUGUGGGCAUGGGGUGAGGCCCAGCACAGCGUGCUGACUGUGUCCCUCAGCUGAACCCUGUAGAGCAGCCGUGAGCUGCCCUUGUUCUCACUGAGCUCUCCAGGCCCUCCCCACUCUGCUCCCAGGCAGGGAAGGACUGCAGUUUGUGCCCUGGGCACUUGGCUGCCCUGGCUCCCUUCCCUCCCUCCUGCCUCUCCUCUCUUCCCCAAGGCCUUCCCAUUUGCUGUGUGAGGUGUUUACUGCUUAUGCCACCAGCUCCCACCCUGCCCUCUCACCUCCUGCUGGCCCUGCCUGUUGGUCUUGGACCUUGUUCCCUGAUGACCACACUUGAUCACUUAGCUUUCCUAGAGCCCAGCGGAGAGGAUACCCCAGUCCUCCACCAACACCUCCUGGUUACAGAAUGUUCUCUGACCCAGGAGAGGAGUGGAAGGCUGGCCCUGGGGAGAAGGGGUGGGAAGCUCAGGUCCCUCCACUGUCAGUCCUGAGGCUGAGGAGGAUCAGGGCAGUUGGUAGCAAUAAUGAUGACAACUGUAUGCAUUCCCAGUGUUUUAAUGAUGUUAAUCCUUAAAAUGCCCUUGUGAGUUGGGUGGUAUCGGCCCCAUUUUGUAGAAGAGGAAUCUGAGGCUCAAGUGACAUUCCCAAGUUCCUGCUGCUAAUUGGCAGUAUAGCUGGGACUCAGACUCUGCUUUUGCCACUAUGAGGUAUUUUUCACUACCCCACAGCUGCCAGGGCCCCUUCCCCCAAUACCUGGCACUGACAGCGUAAUUCAUGUUGAACUGGUUUGGGUCUUUGGUCUUUACUCGCAGUCCUGCAGGGGUGUAGUGCUGAAGGUUUCUUGGGUCUAGUGAAGAAGCUCUGGGGUCUGAACUCCUGAGAUGAGGGGCCUCCUCAGCCUGGACUCAGCCCCUCUUCCCCCUCACCCUCACCCCCACCCCCUCCAAAUUAGGACAGCCAAAGCCCUAGAGAGUGGGAAAAACCAGAAGCUUUUUCUCUGGCUGUUGAGACUUAGACCUAGGUCCUUGGAUAAAGAGACACACACAUACACCCUUUUUUUUUUAUGAUGACUUUUCAGUCUGGCCUCCCACCUCCCUAACUCCAAAACUGAUGUUUUGACUGCUUCCUGUUAAACGUUUAGACAGUGAGAUUCCAAUCAGGUCCCAUCCUGUACUUUGUUCUGAACAUAAGAGAUGGCUGAGAGUGUCACUAACCCACGGCAUUUCAGUGCCUGAGUUGCCUCUGUCCCCAGGGCUUCAUUGAUUCUUAGAGUAGGAGGGGCAAAGACCUAUCCCCUUACUGGGGUGGCUGGCCCGGGGCCCACUCCCAGUCCUGAGGGCAGGCGGUGCUGUUACUGCUUUGCUCUUUGACCUGUGGCUGCUGGAUGGGAAGUCCCUCCCCCUCCCAAGGGCCAGUCAGGUUGCACACUCACUAGCCUCCCACCCAGCCCACCCCUGCAGGCGACUUCUCCCCUGGCCAAGUCAAGAAAAAGUGAAAGGCAGGGUCUGGCUUCCCAGAUUUUUCUUUUCCUCUCUCCAUGACACAUAUUUUUGAACUUGGGUAAUUACCUCCCAGUCUCACACCCCUUCCCAUCCAUUAGGUGAGGGGACUGCCUCAGCCUGCGUUAACCUGAUUUCAGCCUCUCUAUUAGAUCAAGCUUUCCUAAACUGGGAUGCUCGUUGAACAUACAGAUGUCUUGGCCCACCUCACACCUGCUAGGCUGGGAGACCUAGGAGUCUUCAUGUUUAACAAGCAUCUCGUAUGGUUCAUACAGUGUGAUCAGCUGGGACCCAUUUUACCAUGAGAAAGGCUUAAGCAGCACUUGGUAGCCAGAGGUGGUGUCCUAACAGGGGACAGGACCUCGAUAAAGUCACAUUGGGCCACGGUCUUGUCCUCACAAACAACUUGUCAGAACCCCAGGUGUACCCAUCUCUCUGUAGGAGAUUAACAUUCCCAGACACGUGAAGGCUCAUGGACAAACCAUAAGGUCAGUUUGUCUGGUUCAAUGAUUCAAAGAACCACAGACCAAGAUACAGUCAAAUCUCAAGGCCUGGGACCUGUAGUCUCAGAGGCAAUUGCAUCAGCCUCUGUAUUCAUCUUAAAGGACUGUUUCUAGAAGGCAGGUUCCUCUUUAUUUCCACAUUCCUAGGUGGCAUUCUCAUUUGCAACAUUUUUGUGCAAACUGGAAAAGGUGUUCUUCCUUUAACCUUUGACUUCCAUCUGCCAGAAAGUUAUUUUAAUAUAAGUUUUGUUCAACUAAAACACUUGACAGUUAUCUGCCAGAAAAUUAUCAUAAUAAAUAUACAAACCUA